GAGAAGUAAUAGGGUCAUAACCAUUCGAUGAUGGAAAUAGUUUAAGAAGCAGGUGAAACACAAUCAGUUUCAAAUUAGUUUCAGCUAUGGAAGGGAUUGGUGUUCGCCUUGCUUACAAGAUAUUCUUACCUGACUCCUUAACUGAGGUUCAUAAGUUCGAUCAUGACGAAUACACAAAUAAAGCCUUAUCAGAACAUCCUCCUGUUAUAUUCCUACACGGCAUUACAAAUACCAAGGAAACAUGGGAUGAUUGCGGUCAGACAGUUGCCAACAAGACAACCACUAAAGUGUAUACCUUGGAUGCCAGAAAUCACGGAGACAGUGAAUGGACAGAGAAAAUGGACUACGUUGUCAUGGCGGAUGACGUUGCUCGUUUCAUGGACUCCAUCGGAAUUCAAACUGCCAAUAUUAUCGGUCACAGCAUGGGCGGCAAGACAGCCAUGUAUUUUGCGCUCAGGCAUUCAGAUAGAGUACAUGCCAUGAUUAUAGAGGACAUGAUGUUCGUCGAUCCAAAAGUCUGCGAAGAAAUAGGUAGACACUAUUUACUGCUGUUAACAGAAGUCUUGGACAAAAUUCCUCUGCAUGUAGAUCUUCUGGAAGCUAAGAGAAUAGCAGCCCGGCACUUGACAGCCACAGAACAAAAAGUAGAUCGAACUAAGGCUCUCACUCCACUCCAUGAGUGGGAUGGGCGAGAUCUCCCACUCAAAUUGAAACCCGAAGGAGGUUAUGAAUGGAAGACAAACUUGGAAGCCAUUCAUGGGUUCAUAACUAGAAAAGAAUUCACGCCAUCCGAAGUUCUAGAAGAAAUAGGAAAAGAUCCAGAAACAAUCUACGAUGGUCCUGUUUUGGUCAUCUACGGAACACACUCUAUACUCAAUGUGUUGAGCGGAAAAGAAGAGUUCGUCAGAUGGUUUCCAAAGACUGUCUAUGAACCUGCAGAAGGUGCCACCCAUACAAUACACAUUGAAUAUCCAGAAACAUUUACAGAAUUAGUUUGUAAUUUUAUACUGAAAUGUCGCGACAUUUAAAAUAACAGUUUUAAAGAUCAGUAAAAAAACAUGUUCAACCAUGUAUUAUUUUUCGCAAAAAAUAUUCUCGUAUUAUGUUAAGCUCAUAGUUCUCUUUCUAAAUAAAGUUUAUUGAGUGAUAUAGGA